AUGAGCAACAGCCACCCCGACGAGCAAAGUUCGGGGCAAUGGACUAAUGCUGAGACGUCGAGGCCAUACGAAGAAUGGUCGCAAGCUUCCACAAGGCACGACAGACAGCUCUCGGGAUUGACUCAACAUCCUGAUGCUGUACAGAGUCAAUCCCACGACCCAGAUGAAGAUCCCAUGAAGCUCCAGAAAUGGUCGACGAGACCGGGUGAUCAUGUGGAACACAUCGGUGAACACGGAGAUGCAGGCGGUGCACCCUUGGAUACCAACACAACAACAUCGUCGUCCCAAGGAUUGCAGUUUGCCAGAUCAAAGUUGUUGGGUCUGCAUCCGCACGCACCGAUUGCAGAAGAACAUGAUGCGACAAAGUACUCCAGCUUGUGGUGGAGUAAAGUGAGAUUGGCACUGCGAGAGCCUUUUGCAGAAUUCUUCGGAGUCAUGAUCCUUGUUCUCUUUGGCGAUGGUUCAGUGGCUCAAGUGCUCUUGGGAGCGAACGACAAAACAGCUCCAGGUGGCAAUGGGUAUGGAGGUUACCAAUCAAUUUCAUGGGGAUGGGCGUUUCCAGUCUAUUUCCUGGCACAAUUCCUCGGAGGUCUGGUCGCUGCUGGCAUCAUUUACGGCAAUUAUGUCAACGACAUCAACGCCUUUGAGGGCCAUGGUGUCAGAACAGUUCCUCCAAGCCCGACGGCAACAGCAGGAAUCUUCUGCACAUAUCCCAAGGCGUACAUGACCAAGGCGAGCAUGUUCUUCUCCGAGUUCAUCGCUAGUGCUAUUCUCAUGUUCGUCAUCUUUGCUCUCAAAGAUGACACGAACAAUGGAGUUUCUCAAGGAGGCGGUAAUUGGUUCCCUCUCGGACUCUUCUUCCUGAUAUUCGGGAUUGGGGCAUGUUUUGGUGUUGAGACCGGCUAUGCUAUCAACCUCGCUCGUGAUUUUGGACCGCGUCUGAUGAGCUAUGCUCUUGGUUACGGGCAUGAAGUGUUCUCCGCAGGAGGCUACUAUUUUUGG